GUGAAGUUGCGGAUAAAUGCUCCUCCAGUUUCCGCCAGUUAUACACCGAAAUUAUGUGUUUUAGUUUAGGCUCAAUACUUGUGUCGGUCCAAUACCGCACUUCAAUUGACGAGCUAUGGUAAGUACACGUAUCUUCAAUGGCUGCAAGAAGAUAUCAGACGCUGGGAGAGUACGUACUUUGCAAGACGCGUUGCAGCCUCCGAAAUCAUUCAAUUUCUCUUGUUGCAAAGCUUCCUUCACCAUGAAGUCCCUCCUGUUCCUCUCAAUCAUCCAUCUAGCGCUCGGUAGCUCCGAUGUUCCCACCAUCCCCAACCUUGACCACAAGCAGCCAAUCUACCUCGGCGAAUCCUUUUACCCCCCAACAAUGACAUUCGUCGCCUGGCAGGGAACAGAAGAAAACACCCCUAAAGACUGGUGUAUCAAAUCGGCCGACUGCUCCGACCACCGCAUCUUCUCCCUCGGCGGGGUUGAAGGCCUACAAAUCCAUGACUAUUUCGACAAGGUGGCGUACUUGACACGGAUGGGUAAUCGGUUCGCGGACUGUGUGGUUACGCCUGAGAGUGUCAAGAUGGGAAUUUGUGAUGGAAGGGCAGUUUCGGAGACAGGGACUAGGUUUACGGGGCGCGGGACGAGGAAAUGGUCGUGUUGGGUUAGUGAACAGACUUGGUUAGAAGCGCGUGGAAUGGAAGGGGAGAGGAAGGAAGAACUGCCGAGUGUGUAGUGGGAGAUUUUACGGUAUAUGAGAUGGGGUAUAGUGGUUCGGGCAGCAUACCAACUGAGGCACAUACGGGAAAAUUCUCAGGAAAGCAUGGGUGUAUCUACGCUGUGGGGGCCAGGAGUGAACGGGAGUAGCUGUAUAUAUUGGUCUAUGGAUCGCUGUUGGCGAUCACCAAUCCAUAUAUCUAUUCUCACCGGAACCUCAAGAAUGGUGCAGGAUGAAGUUAAAGAUGACUAGUUAUAUGGAGAAGGUGGAUCCGGCGCAUCUUCAGGGAAUAUUUACAAGGAAAGUAGUUCUUUUGGUACAAGAUGCCAUAUUCUUAAACCGCUUUAGCAUUCAUAGCAGCGGCAUGCGCAGUCACCUAUCUUCAGUUAGUACCCAGCAUCACCAUUUCGAAACCGAACU